GUGUCUGUGAAGAGUGACCAUUCAAAGGGAGGUGUGCAACCGGACUUAAAUGAGAAAAAAUCAUCAUCUUCCAAAAGCGUAAGAUCAGGCUCACAUGUGUUCAGCUCUGUGUCUGUGAAGAGUGACCAUUCAAAAGGAGGUGUGCAACCGGACUUAAGUGAGAAAAAAACAUCAUCUACCAAAAGGCUUCAGUAUGAGACAUUAGAUUCAGAUGUCCAUACUCACAGGAGCAAGAAUUUGUUUGAGAAAGAUAAUCUCCUAUGGAUCUUCAAGGAUCUUGAAAGCAAAAUAAUCACAUUUCUGAAGAAUGAACUGGAAAAGUUUAAGAAAAUAUUACAAAAGCAAGACAUACAAUACUUUGUUAAGGAUUUUAAUGAGAACAGAUGCAGUAUCAAAGAAGCAGCUCUUGAUCUCACACUCUACUUCCUGAGAGAGAUGAAGCAAGAUGAAGCUGCUAAUACUCUAGAAGAUGAGCUGAUCUUUGUUCAUCAGCUAAAAUGCAGCCUAAAGAAAAAGUAUCAAUGUGUGUUUGAAGGAAUUGCAAAGCAAGGUGACUCAACACUUCUGAAUAACAUCUACACAGAUCUCUAUAUAACUCAGGGUUGUAGUGAACAGGUCAAUACUAAACACGAAGUAAGACAGAUUGAAGUUACUUCCAGACAUUCUGAAUCACAAGAGAUACCAAUUGAGUGCACAAACAUGUUUGAAGCACCUGAACAAGACAAGCAGAUCAGAACUGUACUGACAAAAGGAGUGGCAGGCAUCUGGAGGAAAUCAGUCUGUGUGAGUUUGUUUUUUUUUGGUUUGGAUGAAGAGAAAGAUAAUGAUGUUAGUUUCAUAUUUCCUCUUCCUUUCCGGGAGAUGAAUUUAAAGGAAAAAGAAAAACAAAGUUUGUUGGACCUUAUAACUGAGUUUUUUCCGGAGACAAAAGGACUGAACAUUGCAAGAAGGAACCAAAAAGUCCUGUUUAUUCUUGAUGGAUUGGAUGAAUUUCAUCUUCCUUUGAAGUUUGAUGUUAAUGAGAAGUGGUCUGAUGUAUCAUCACCAGCAUCUCUGGAUGUUCUCUUGACAAACCUCAUCAAGGGAAAUCUGCUUCCUUCUGCUCUCAUCUGGAUCACCACCAGACCAGCAGCUGCCAGUAAGAUUCCUCCUGACUGUAUAGAUCGGCUGACAGAGGUACGAGGGUUCAAUGAUGUACAGAAGGAGGAGUAUUUCAAAAAACGAUUUGAAGAUCAGAAUCAGGCCAAAGAAAUCAUUGAUCAUGUUAAAAAAUCAAAGAGUCUCUUUAUCAUGUGUCACAUCCCAGUCGUCUGCUGGAUUUCAGCCACUGUUCUCCAAAACAUUUUAGAGGAGAAAAGAAAUAAUGAUCUAGAAAACAAUCAGGCUAAUGACACCUCCAAAACACUGCAGGAAUCGAAUACUGAAGACACUCCUAAGACUCUGACACAAAUGUACACACACUUUCUCCGCUUUCAGAUCCUGCAGAGCAGACGAAAGUAUGAUGGAGAAUAUACACCAGAUGUUUCAUGGGAUAAAGAUGCCAUCCUUUCACUGGGAAAACUGGCAUUUCAUCAGCUGGAAAGAAACAACCUGAUUUUCUAUGACACCGACCUGGAAGCCUGUGGUAUUGACAUCUAUAAGGCAUCAGUGUGUUCAGGCAUGUGUACCCAAAUCUUUAAGGAGGAAACUGGGAUCAUUCUUGGUAGCAUGUACUGUUUUGUUCACUUGAGCAUUCAAGAGUUUAUUGCAGCCCUUUAUGCACAUCUGUUUCUAGACAUCAACAUGAAAAGUGUGUUUGUUCAUGACCCAACUAUGACUGAUUUUCUCAAGACUGCCAUGGACAGUGCACUUAAGAGUACCAAUGGACACCUGGACCCUUUCCUUCACUUCCUUUUUGUUCUGUUACUCCAGGCCAAAUCCAAAAAAAACAUGACUGAUCUGCUUAAAACUGCAGUGGAUAAGGCACUUGAGAGUGACAAUGGACACCUGGACCUUUUCCUUCGCUUCCUUCUCGGUUUGUCACUCCAGUCCAAUCGGCGACUCUUACGAGGUCUGUUAACUCAGCAAGAUGACAAUGACCAGAGCAAAAAGGAAAUAGUUCAGUACAUCAAGCAGAAAUUAGAAGCUAAUCUGUCUCCAGAGAGAUCCAUUAAUCUGUUCUACUGUCUGAAUGAACUGAAUGAUCAAACUCUGGUGAAAGAUAUUCAGACUCACCUUAGCAAAGGAAGUCUCUCAUCUUCUGACCUUUCUCCUGCCCAGUGGUCUGCUUUGACCUUUGUGUUGUUGACAUCAGAGGAGGAGCUGGAGGAGUUUGAGCUUCAGAAAUUUAAGAAAUCAGACGAGUGUCUUGUUAGAUUAUUAUCAGUCAUCAAAACCUCCAAAAGAGCUCUCCUGAAUGAUUGUGACUUAACAGACAGAAGCUGUUCAGCUCUGGCUACAGUUCUUGGAUCAGAUAUGAAUCUAAAAGAGCUGAACCUGAACAAUAAUAAUCUGCAGGACUCAGGAGUGAAGCUGCUCUGCACUGGACUAGAGAAUAUAAUGUGUGAAUUGGAGAUACUGAGACUUUCAGACUGCAGUAUCACUGAAGAAGGUUAUAAAGCUCUGGCUUCAGCUCUGAGAUCAAAUCCGUCACACCUGAUAGAGCUGGAUCUCAUAGGAAAUGAUCCUGGACAAUCAGGAGUGAAGGAGCUCAGUGAUUUACUACAGGAUCCAAACUGUAAACUGAAGACAGUGAGGUUUUUGGGUCCUGUUGCAGAUGAAGCCUGUCAGUAUGUGACAGGAAUUGUGGGUAAAAACCUGUUACUCCUGAGAGAGUUGAAUCUGAGUGAACUUGAACUAGAAGACACACGAGUGAAUCAGAUCACUGCUCUACUGCAGGAUAAACACUGUAAACUCAACACACUGAUGCUGAAGAAUAACAGUAUUACAGAAGAAGGUUGUGCUGCUCUGACUUCAGCAUUUAAUUCAAAUCCUUCAAACCUGAUAGAGCUGGAUCUGAGUGGAAAUAAACUAGGAAACCCAGGAAUUAAAAAGAUCUGUCAUCUGGUAGAAAACAAACAAUGCAGAUUAGAAAAACUGAAACUUUCAGACUGCAGUAUCACUGAAGAAGGUUAUAAAGCUCUGGCUUCAGCUCUGAGAUCAAACCCUUCACACCUGAUAGAGCUGGAUCUCACAGGAAAUGAUCCUGGACCAUCAGGAGUGAAGCAGCUCAGUGAUUUACUACAGGAUAAGCGCUAUAAUCUGAAGACCAUCAGGUGGCAUAUUACCACCUACUUGACUCCAGCUCUGGCCCCAACAUUCAUCUCGCACUGGCGCUGUUGCACCGCUUACCGUCCCCGCAGAUUUCGUAAGAAAAUUGCCUGCACCGCGGACCCGAGAGAAAAGCUGUUCAGUUCUAGCUACUGUUCUCUCCUCACCUCCAAACCAUCCUGGAAAGAGCUGAACCUGAAUAGCAGCCGUCUGCUGGACUCAGGAGUCAAAAAGAGAGAGAUCUGUGAGGGACUUGAAGAAUCUAGUCGUAAGCCUUCUCUCGAUGGAAUGGAGGUGGUGCAUGAAAUCGUGUGGUACGGGCAGCUACCAUCGAAAGGCUCCAUCAAGGCUGAAUGUAUAUCCGUUCUAGAACAACAUGGCUCCCAUCCAGGACGUUUCUCUUUCAGGACGACCUGCAUUUUCCAACAUGACAAUGCCAGAACCACAUACUGUCUUCAAUACAACAUCACGGUGGCGGAGAAGCAGGAUCCGGUAACUGAAAUGGCCAGCCUGCUCAGUAAGUGUAAUCUAACAGAUGAAAGCUGUUCAGCUCUUGCUACGGUUCUCAGUUCAGACUCCAGCAGUUUGAGGGAUCUUGAUCUGAGCAAUAAUAAUCUGGAAGAUUCAGGAGUCAGGCUGCUCUCUGAUGGCCUGAAACAGAACUGUAAACUAGAGAAGCUCUGUCUUUCAGGCUGCAGUAUCACUGAAGAAAGUUAUAAAGCUCUGGCUUCAGCUCUGAGAUCAAACCCUUCACACCUGAUAGAGCUGGAUCUCACAGGAAAUGAUCCUGGACAAUCAGGAGUGAAGCAGCUCAAUGAUUUACUACAGGAUCCAAACUGUCAGCUGAAGACCCUGAGGCUGCAUGGUUGUGGUCUAACAGAGAAAAGCUGUUCAGCUCUUGCUACAGUCCUGAGAUCAAACUCCAGUCUGAAAGAACUUGACAUGAGCAACAAUCAUCUUCAAGAUCCAGGAAUAAAGAAACUCCAGAACGGAUUAGAAAAUACAAACUGUGCACUACAAAAACUCAGGUUUUUGAAAAGUCCUGCUGCAAAGAAAGCAUGUGAGUAUCUCACUGAAGUUCUGCAAAUAAGUCCAUUACUUCUGUCAGAACUGGAUCUGAGUGAAGAUAAAUUGGGAGACCUGGAUGGUCAGAAGCUCUCUGCACUUUUAAUGGACUCUCAUAGCAAACUGAAUAAUUGUGAGCUGACAGAGAAAAGCUGUUCAGUUCUAGCUACUGUUCUCUCCUCCAAAACCAUCCUGAAAGAGAUAAACAUGAACAACAGCCGUCUGCUGGACUCAGGAGUCAAAGAGAUCUGUGAGGGACUGAAGAAUCCUGUGUGUGAGCUGGAGAUACUCAAUCUUUCAGACUGCAGUAUCACAGAAGAAGGUUAUAAAGCUCUGGCUUCAGCUCUGAGAUCAAACCCUUCACACCUGAUAGAGCUGGAUCUCACAGGAAAUGAACCUGGACAAUCAGGAGUGAAGCAGCUCAAUGAUUUACUACAGGAUCAACAAUGUUCAUUAAAGACCAUCCGGUUUUUGAAAAGUCCUGCUGCACAGGAAGCAUGUGAGUAUCUCACUGAAGCUCUGGGUACAAGUCCAUUAUUACUGAAAGAACUGGAUCUGAGUGAAGAUAAAUUAGGAGAUCUGGGUUGGGAGAAGCUCUCUGCUCUUUUGAUGGACUCUCAUAGCAAACUGGUGAAAAUGAAGCUGAAUAAUUGUGAGCUGACAGAGAAAAGCUGUUCAGUUCUAGCUACUGUUCUCUCCUCCAAAACCAUCCUGAAAGAGCUGAACCUGAACAACAGCCGUCUGCUGGACUCAGGAGUCAAAGAGAUCUGUGAACUGAAGAAUCCUGUGUGUGAGCUGAAGAUACUCAAACUUUCAGACUGCAGUUUUUGA